GCUGUGUUCACAGACUAUGCCAUCGUCAGGCUCACUUUUAGAGGUGUUGGGAAAACAAGGAAUCCCUCUUUUGUUUAAGUUUUUCUUUUUCUCUCAUAUCCUUUCUCAUUUCCAAGUUCACCUGGUUUAUUCACUUCUCAGUCCCCAGUGCCUACAGAUAAGCCCGCCAACCAUGGCUGUUUGCAUUCAGAUGGGUGGGAGGGAACCAUUGUAUUAUGCAACCGGCCCCAACCUUUCCCAGCCCUGGCUGUUGGUUUCAGCCCGGAUCUCCAGGCAAGAACAGCUGCAGAAAGAGCACUGGUCAGGCACAAGGGUUUUAGACCCCAAACCUCAUGGCAUUCCAGCACCAACUAUUACAGGAGGAUUUCCCUUCCAAAGUGAUUUCUGCCGGUGUUUCCCAGGAUAUGGACUAAUCACCUUUAAAAAUAAUUUCUUUAGAGGAUCAAGAUGAAGGUGACUACACUCUUGGCCAGGGCACUUUAUGACAACCACCCUGACUGCUCCGAUGAGCUGGCUUUCUGCAGAGGAGACAUCCUGACCGUUUUGGAGCAAAACGUACCGGAAAGUGAGGGCUGGUGGAAGUGUUCACUCCAUGGGAGGCAAGGCCUGGCCCCUGCCAACCGCCUCCAGAUCCUCAGGGAGGGCCCUGCCGACAAGCCCGGCCCCCCUUUCCCGAGGGGUCUGGAAGACACUCCCGCCAGCUCCCAGGAGACCUACCAGGUGCCCACCAUGCUCAACCCCCCGCCUCCCAGCCCCGUGUACGAGCAGAUGAAGAGCUGGGUGGAGAGGCCCCCGCCUCCCACAGUCCAAGUCUAUGAGUUCCCUGACCCACCUGCCAACGCCAGGAUCAUCUGUGAAAAGACUCUAAGCUUUCCAAAGCAGGCCGUUUUCACGAUUCCCAGAUCUGCUAGGAUCUCGUUGCCAGCUCUGCCUUCCCAAGUGUACGACAUACCUUCCCAGAGCCGGUGCCCUCCAGCCCUGAAGGAGCCAGGGAAGCAGCAGCUGUAUGACAUCCCCCCCAGCCCCCAGAAGGCAGCACUCGGUCCCCCCGCCAGCCGAACAAAUGGCCAGAGUGUUCCCCUGACAUCAACCAUCGCCUCAAGGAGAGGCGGCUGCAACACGCUGCCCAGCCCUCAGAAGUCGGAAUGGAUUUAUGACACGCCAGUGUCUCCGGAAAAGGCUGAUGGGAGAAACACAUCUCUAACCAGCUUUGUGGAAGAAUCAGGACGCUUGGCUCCCCCUAGGUAUAUGUCCAGCUUCCACAGUCCUCCAAACAUCAGAGCAGAGUCCCACACACCACACCCGCAGAGAAACGUGCCCAUGCAGAAAAAACUCAGUCUUCCAGAAAUUCCUUCGUAUAGCUUUCCACCAGCCAGGGUCGUGCUCCCUUUGGAUAAAGGUGUCAGCUACAAGGUUCCUUCAAGCUUUCUGAUUCCCCGCAUGGAGCAGCAGAACACCAAGCCGAACAUUUACGACAUACCUAAAGCAAUGCCAAGUGUCCCUCCAGCUUGGAAAGAGCUGGGAAAAGCCCAUGGGCCUUCAGAGAGUCUCAAGGACCAUAAUUCCUCAUGGUUCUCCAGACAGGCAGCAUCACUGUCUCCUGAACCAGACAGCUCAUCCAUUUCCAGUUCCGACAGCAGAGCCAGCAUCCUGUCUUCAUGCUCCUCUACCUCCACUGACUCUUCAUCUAGCUCUUUCUCGGAGGAGUCAGCAAAAGAGCUCCCCUUGGACCUGGACUUGGCCAAAGAGACGUUAACAGCCCUGCAGCACAAGGUGGCCACCUCUGUCGCGGGCCUGAUGCACUUUGUAAGUAGGAAGUGGAGGUUCAGAGACUCUCUGGAGGCCAACAUCGACGCAAUCCACAGGGCUGCCGACCACGUGGAGGAAUCCUUGAGAGAGUUUCUGGAUUUCGCCCACGGAGUCCGUGGGACCGCCUCUAACCUCACUGACAGUAACCUUCAGGCCAAAAUUAGGGAUCAGCUACAGACUAUCUCCAACUCCUACCAAAUCCUGCUAGAGACAAAGGAGAGCCUGGAGAGCUGCAGUUGGUCCCUGGAAGUCCUCGUGACCGACAAAGUCCAAAACAACCCAGAUGACCUGGAAAGAUUUGUCCUGGUGGCGCGGAUGGUUCCGGAAGACGUCAAGAGGUUCGCCUCCAUUGUCAUUGCCAACGGGAGGCUCCUUUUCAAGCCAAAUUUUGAAAAGGAAGAUACCAUGCAGUUGACUCCAAAUGCAGAAUUUAAGCUUGCAAAAUGCAUCCAGCUUCCCCGAAGGGAGAUUGAAUCCUACCAAAGGAGUGUACCUUUUAAUCAACAAAAGGAAAAUGAACACCCCCCUGAACUAUUAAAGAAAAAUGAGACAAAUGUCUGUGAACAGAAGUUGCCUAACCUGGAAGAGAAAGAAAACCCCAUCUUAGAGCAAACGUUGGAUGAAAACAAAGACUUAGAAACACAGAAUCCUAGCUGCCUUACCCGCCGGCCUUUGAGUCAGCAGAGUCCUGAGAAGAAAAUCCACCUCUCUGAACACUGCCGCCUCUAUUUCGGGGCGCUCCUCAAAGCCAUCAGCGUGUUUAAUAGAAGCCUCAGCAGCAGCCAGCCCCCCGAGAUCUUCAUCAUGCAGAGCAAGCUGGUCAUCACGGUGGGGCAGAAGCUGGUGGACACGCUGUGUAAGGAGACCCAGGAGAGGGACGUUCGCAAUGAGAUUCUCUGUGGCAGCAGCCGGCUGUGCAGCCUGCUCAAGGACCUGGCGCUGGCCACCAAGCACGCGGUGCUCACGUACCCAAGCCCCGCCGCCCUGGGGCAGCUCCAAGCCGAGGCCGAGAAGCUGGAGCAACACACGCGGCAGUUCAGAGGGACGUUGGGAUGAGCCUCCUUCCCUCCCUCCUUCCCUCCCUCCUUCCCCCUGUUAACCUCUUAGCAUCAGCUUCCCACCCACAACCUGUGCAGGUCUGCCCUGUGGGAAAAGUCAGCCUGGGGAUACGCAACAGGUGGCAGCAGCUGUGGGGCCCAAAGCCAGCAUUACCAAGUGUUUGGGCAACCCCAGGAUAUUGGCUUAGCCCACAGGGAGUCAGGGAAGAGGGUCAGGUGUAGAGUCAGGACCUUGCGAAGGGUUUAGCAUAUCAUGUAGGGCCAGCAUGUGAAAGGCGGUUGUAGAAACCAAUUUUUAUAUUGGCUGAGUAAGUGCCUGUUUUAAAUUCAUUCAUUCAGUACUUAUUUAUUGGGUUCCUAUUCUGUGUCAGGUUCUAGGUGCUGGGACAGAGCGCUGAAUCGGACAGAGGCUUUGCCCUCAGGGAGUUUAUAAUCUAGUGGGGGGACAGACAAUAAAUGAAGAAAUGCAUAUACAAUGUGAUAGGUGCUAGGGAGAAAAUAAAGUAGGAGAAAGGGGAGAGAUUGUUUUCAAAUGGCUAGUCACUGUUGCAUCCGCUAGAAAAUGUAAUAAAUUUUUCAUUUUGGAUUGAAUUAAUUCUGCGAGAUUGGUACAAAUUAUGUGUUUGUGCCUUACACCAAAAUAUAUAUAUAUAUUUAUGUAUAGCUUGCUGUUUUAUCUUACCCAAGUUAAAGAGGCAUGUUACAGUUGCAACAUAACAUGUUCUAUUGGGUUCCCUAUUAAUUUAUUUUGUACAUUAUAGGUUCUGUGUUGAUAAAUGCAGGAUGCUCAAUCAAAAAAGGUUUAUACCUCAAAUCUGUUACCAUUUAUAAUAUUAUAUAAAUAUAAUCAUAAAUUGAAACAUUCUAUGCAGCAA